UUUUUCUUUUUAUUUAUCAAUCAUAAAUUAAUUCAUGGUAUUAUUUUGUUUUAAAUUUAAGUUUUUGAAAGCGGCGACAUGGCAAAUUGUAAACGAUAUUUGUAACGAAGAAGCCGACGAGUUGAACGUAAUUCCUACUCAACAAUUUAUCGCGUCAUUGACCGAAUUGGUUUACAAGCAAGCUGAAAAACUCGCCACGAACUUGGAAAAUUUUGCAAAUCAUGCGAAUCGAUCCACGAUAUCAAUAAACGAUGUAAAGCUUUGCAGUCGACGUAAUGAUGAAUUGAAUACGCAUAUUAAUGAAUUUGCCAAUUCCAUUAUUGAACAACGUGUUACAAGAUCUUCAGUAAGAAAACCACUUAAUCAACAAGAUUCACUAAAUGAUAAUGAGAACAACGAUUAAAUGUUACAAUAUCUCUUAUACAAGUAAUAAUAUUUCUUUAAAGAAGUAAUUGAUAAAUGUCUCUAAAAAUUCUAGGAUUGCACGAAAUAGAAAGUAACUCAUUUAUACAAUGUAAUCGAUUGUAUUUACAUAUUAAAUACCUUAAUAUGCAUAUAU